ACGUAUAGCAAAUGGUUCGUGUUUAAGAGUUCCGCCGCAUAAACGUUGCGUGUAAAACAUAGAAGCAACUAAACGAGGUUUGCAAACGCUAGGUAGUUUACCUGUUUAUCAAUAUUUCCAUUUUAAAGCCAUAAUAAUCUCUUAGGUUGGAGAGAAAAGAGAACGCCGGGAUAGGAGCGGAACUGUGUCAUGGGGCACGAUGUGAUGCUAAUUUCGUUUGCUGUACCUGUCAGAGUUGGGCUUCACUAAGCAUUCAAAUAGACUGCAGAUCGCUCAGUGUGGAGAUGUCGCAGUCGGGUGUAGGAUGUGGCGUGUACAUGCGGAACACUGUACACUGCAUGUAGAAGCACAUGAACAGCAUUUUUGUGAGGCUCCUCACCCGGGAUGAGUUGGCUCCUCUUGUGGAUUCUAACUGCAGUCGGAAUUCAACAGGCCUCCUCCCGGAAUUCCACUGCCAUGCCGACGGUCACGUCGCCGACCGCGGAGCCCUUCCACCGUACUCAGUACUGCCGGUGGCCUUGCGAGUGUCCCGCCGAACCUCCCGCCUGCCCGCCGGGCGUGAGCCUCCUGACGGACGGCUGCGACUGCUGCAAGGCCUGCGCCCGGCAGGUGGGCGAGGAGUGCAACGAGGCGGACACCUGCGACCACCACAAGGGGCUGUACUGUGACUACAGCUCGGACAAGCCGAGGUACGAAAAGGGCCUGUGUGCAUACAUGGUCGGAACGGGCUGCGAGCACGACGGUGUCAUCUACCGCAACGGCCAGAGCUUUCAGCCCAGCUGCAAGUACCAGUGCGUGUGCGUCAACGGCGCCAUCGGCUGCGUGCCACUCUGCACCGAGUCCAGGCCACCGCGCGUCUGGUGUCAGAACCCGCGCCGUGUCAAAGUGCGGGGACAGUGUUGCGAGGAAUGGAUCUGCGACGAGCCCAAGAGGGGACGCAAGACGGCACCAAGGCACACCGUGGAGGCUCCCCCCGCUGAGCUGACGAGCUGGCAAAAGAACAACUGCGUGAGCCAGACCACGUCGUGGAGCCCCUGCUCGAAAACUUGCGGUCGCGGCCUUUCCCUGCGCGUCUCCAACGCCAACCAACGCUGCGAGCCCGUCAAGGAGUCGCGUCUUUGCAACCUCAGGCCUUGCGAGGUCGACAUCACCAAACACAUCAAGGUUGGCAAGAAGUGCUUGAACGUCUACCGCGAAGAGCGCGCGUCCAACAUGAGCAUAUCGGGCUGCACCAGCACCAGGCAGUACCGUCCCAAAUUCUGCGGCGCGUGCACAGAUGAGCGCUGCUGCAUCCCGUACAAGUCCAAAACGGUGGACGUGGACUUUGUGUGCCCCGACGGCUCGUCACUCUCCUGGAAAAUGAUGUGGGUGCAGGCCUGCUUCUGCAACCUCAGCUGCAAGAACCCCAACGACAUCUUUGCCGAGCUGGAGAAUUACUAUGGUUACCCAGAGGUCAUGAACUAACCCCUUUAGGAAACAUUUCCUUCUAAUACAUAUUUCUUGUGUUAAUUUUUUUAAAAAGUUUUUUUGUUUUUCCUAUUGGAAAAAUUUGUAAAUAAUGAUGUGAUGUACUGUAUUUGCACAAGGGACUCAUGAGGCCAUUUAAAAAGACUUCAAUGUCGCUGAUGGGACGGUUUUUUAUACCCUUCAUUAGACAAUGCAAUGAUCAAA